GAGUGGAGCCACUCGUCUAUACUGUAGUUUCAUUUUUACUACAUUUACAAACGCAAUGGAGCGAGUGGAAGUAACCAGUGUGACCCAUUCUCAGGGAGUUCGUAUGCUGUUCAGUUUAAUGACUCCUAAUGAAUCCUCGUUCGCGACUGUACGAGAGGUGCCGACUUAUGUCAACCAGGCCACACCAUAUUUCAUUGGUUUGAUAUUAUUGGAGAUUGUGCUGGGAUGGUUAAAGACAGAUGGCCCUCACAUCAAGAUCAACGACUUCAUCACGUCUUUGUCUGCAGGGAUGAUGUCCCGUCUGCCUCAGCUCGUGAUAAGAAGUUUGGAGCUGUCAGCUUAUAUUUAUGUCUGGAACAACUUCCGUGUAUUGGAGCUUCCCUGGGAUUCAGCUUGGACGUGGUGGCUUGCGUUUCUUGGUGUGGACAUGGGAUACUACUGGUUCCAUCGAUUCGCCCACGAGUUAAACUUCCUGUGGGCUGCCCAUCAGGUUCACCACAGUUCUGAAUACUACAAUCUGUCGACAGCACUACGUCAGUCUGUCACCCAGCAGUUUUCCUCAUGGGUGUUUUACCUUCCUUUGGCACUGAUGGUCCCUCCGUCAGUGUUUGCAGUUCACGUUCAGUUUAACCUGCUGUAUCAGUUCUGGAUUCAUACUGAGCUGGUCAAAAGUCUUGGACCUCUGGAGUGGAUCCUAAAUACUCCGAGCCACCACAGAGUUCAUCAUGGGCGAAAUCCAUAUUGCAUUGAUAAGAAUUAUGCAGGAAUUCUGAUCAUAUGGGACAGGAUGUUUGGUACGUUCACUCCUGAGAGUGAUAAAGUUGUCUAUGGGCUCACACACCCAAUCAGCACAUUUGAAAUCUGGACUGUCGAGUUCCUUUAUUAUCCGUACCUAUGGCAGAGGUUCUGGGAAGCUGAAGGAAUUUCAAAUAAGCUGUCCAUCAUUUUUAAAGGGCCAGGCUGGACUCCAGGAAAACCAAGACUGGGAGACAUUGCUGAUAUACCCCAGCUUACAGGAGAGGAAAAGCCUCAUGAUCCUGCAUGGUCCCCUGCAAUGCAAGCCUAUGUGCUUAUACAGUUCAUGCUUCUGAUAGAUGUCUACAACAACUUGUUAAUGGAUCAAAUGAUACUAUCUGAGCUGAGUGUACUUCUUCUGACUGCCUACGUACUACUUUCUCUAACCUCACUGGGCUUCCUGAUAGAUCAGAGGGCUAAUGCAGCUGAAUUGGAGAUGCUGAGAUGUGUUUUGAUUGUGGCUCUUCAACGGUUUGGUUACAUUAAGCCUCUGGUGCCUCUGUUGGCUUUUCUGAUUGAAGUCUUUGUCUUAAUCUCUGCAGUCUACUGGAGUCUACAGUUUGUGAAUCAGCGGACUAACGGGAUGAAGAAACACAACUAGAUAAAACAACCUCAUACUGAUGCAUUACGAUUCAAUGUCCUGCUCCGGUGACAUAUUUCAUACAUUUAAUCAUGAGAUUUGUCCUUUUAAUUUUACUAAAAUGUUGCUCUCACAAACUAUU